ACACAAGAUGUACCAAGAACAGCUCAAUGUGACCUCCCCCGACACCCCACUACAGUUCCGAGCUGACGCCAGCUGGGUCCAGUUCCACCUGGGGAUCAGCCGCCACGGGCUGUACUCGCGGUCCAGCCCUGUGGUCCGCCAGCUGCUCCAGGACAUGAGGCGCGCUCCUACCAUCAGUGCCGAUUACAGUCAGGACGAGAAAGCCCUGCUUGGGGCUUGUGACUGUACCCAGAUUGUGAAACCCAGUGGGGUCCACCUCAAGCUGGUUCUGAGGUUCUCAGACUUCGGGAAGGCCAUGUUCAAACCCAUGAGACAGCAGCGAGAUGAAGAGACACCUGCCGACUUCUUCUAUUUCAUCGACUUCCAGAGACACAAUGCGGAGAUUGCAGCUUUCCACCUGGACAGGAUUCUGGACUUCCGGCGAGUGCCCCCCACCGUGGGGAGGCUAGUCAAUGUCACCAAAGAAAUCCUAGAGGUCACCAAGAAUGAAAUCCUGCAGAGCGUCUUCUUCGUCUCUCCAGCCAGCAACGUGUGCUUCUUUGCCAAGUGCCCGUACAUGUGCAAGACCGAGUACGCCGUCUGCGGCAACCCGCACCUGCUGGAGGGCUCCCUCUCUGCCUUCCUGCCCUCCCUCAACCUGGCCCCCAGGCUCUCCGUGCCCAGCCCCUGGAUCCGCUCCUACUCGCUGGCGGGAAAAGAGGAGUGGGAGGUGAACCCGCUGUACUGCGACACCGUGAAACAGAUCUACCCUUACAACGGCAGCAGCCGCCUCCUCAACAUCAUCGACAUGGCCAUCUUCGACUUCCUGAUAGGAAACAUGGACCGUCACCACUACGAGAUGUUCACCAAAUUUGGGGACGAUGGGUUUCUUAUCCACCUUGACAACGCCAGAGGGUUUGGACGACACUCCCAGGACGAGCUCUCCAUCCUGUCGCCGCUGUCCCAGUGCUGCAGGAUAAAGAGGAAGACGCUCCUGCACCUGCAGCUGCUGGCUCAGGACGACUACAGACUCAGUGACGUGAUGCGCGAGUCACUGCUGGAGGACCAGCUCAGCCCGGUGCUCACGGAGCCGCACCUCCUGGCCCUGGACCGGCGGCUCCAGAUCAUCCUCCAGACGGUGAAGGGGUGUGUGGAGGCCCACGGAGAGCAGAGCGUCAUAGCCGGUGACCCCGCAGGAGGGUCGGCCCCAGACUCUGGCCAGGCUCACCUGACAAGCUAGGGGCUGCACGAAGCCGCGUUUCUGGAGCAGCACCUGCAGCCGGCCGCCAACUCGGGUGCGGAUCCGGUUCCCCGCAUCCCCAUGGUGGGGAGGUGCUGGGUCAGAAGAUUCUACAAGAGCCAAAGAAGGGGGAUCUUUCUCGGUGCGCUGUUUCGCUAGGGGACGUCCUUGGCUCCCUCUUUCCCACAAGGCACUGCUUCAUCAAGGCCACAGACCAUGUCCUAUGCCCACCGGGGAAUCUGGACAGGAGUCGCACUUGGAAGGCUGGGAUACCUUGUCCCGGGAAAAGAGCAGAACAAAUAAAAGGACACCAGGGGACACCUGGCUGACCCCAGAUUCUCAGAAUAUCUACCAGGAUCGCUGUGAUCCAGAUAAAGUAUCCGGCAGCUCACACGCAGACAAAAGAAAUCUAAAAGUGGUAGCCCUCAAACUGGUUCAAAGUAGACCUAAAAUGCCUUCUAUUUAUGUCCCAGUCGCUGUGGCCCAACUGAAUACAAUAAUCCCUCACUGACAGAUCCAAAAGUAGUUUCUCCAACGUUAUUACGAGAGGUAAAAAUAACAUAGGGAUUUGCUUAGAAUAUCUUAAAGGGGAUGUUUUAAAUUUUUACUUUCAAGAGUAUUUAAUCCUACUUUCAGGAGUAUUUAAAUAUCAAGUGAAAUACUGUCAAGUAUGUCAAAACCAGCAUCCGGCAACAAGAGAGGGAACUCUGGUGAAGGGGACAGCAGGGUUGUCCUGAAUAUGGGACAGCGCAGAAUGGGCCCGGCACGUCCAUGACCCUGGACCCAGUAGGAGAAAAGCCAGAGCCCACCGCCGCCCACCCCCCACCAUCCUCUUUCAAGAAGAUCCCAGAACUGUCCCCCUCCCAGCCCGGCCCCCGAGAGAGGCAGGGGGCUCUCUGGUCAGGUCCAACACUCUAGACGUCCCUCCCGUCCGGUUUUUUUCAAAGAGGACAAACCAAGUUGACUUCCAAAGCCUUAGCAGUGGGUAGAUCGGGGUCGCGUCCCCGCGGCUUUCUCCCUACCCACUCCCCCACAUCGGAGAUGCCUUCCAUCCGAGGCUCUGUCUCACAUUCCAGAAAUCGGGUCUGAAAACCAAAUGACAGUAGUCGUCAUACUGUGGACUGAUCAGUCAACACGUAAACAUGGCUGACCUCACACCACCUUCUCUGAGAAAGGCCGAAAGCUUCAAUUCUAGAAAUUGGGGGGGGGGGGGGGCCGGGCCUUGAAAGAAGCUGUCAGUGAAGUGGGUUCCGGGUCAGGAGCCAGAAAGGUCAAGCCCUCCCAUGACCAGACAGUAACACGGGUCCUUCUGACCCACCUGGUACCCAUGCUGACCCACCACCCCUAAACCCUGGGCCUAGGCCAUUCGCUGAGCCUGGGUGACGAGAGUCAACAAACAGGUUUCCGAGAUCCCCGAACACACGGGGGGGGGGGGGGUCCCCUUACCCUCCAAUGUACACAGAGAAAAAACCAGUCUCAAAAGAGAUCAACUCCUAUCACACCACUUAAUGAUUUAAACCAACUCCUACGUGUUCUUUCCACUGUGAUACAAACACCCAACAGUACUCCAAUCUGUGAAGUUAUUACGUGUUUACAGAGAAAAUCAGCCCCUAGUAGAACCUUCACCCCAGAGAUGUCCCUGCUGCUCAGGGCCCCCCCACUUCAAGGGCUGUCCCCAACUUCAAUGCACUGUUCCUUGUGGGGGGAGGCCAGGUCUCUGCACACAGCUUGGCAGAAACACACUCGGUCAAAGAUGGUCCAGGGCCGUCGAGCCGCAGCGCCCAGGGAAGGCAGGCCACAGCCCCACGUCAAACCCAGGCGCGCUCAGGAUAAAGCGCUGGCUUCAGAAUGGCCUCUAAUAAACUCUGGUGUCUUUUACAAACUAAGAGUACCGGAAGUGAGUUUGACUACAAUACGUAGAGCGGGGAGAGAGCUAACUGUUUACAUCAACACUCCGUUACUUUUUCGCUAACGCAGAGAGGACUCCAUCAAUGCCAGAAUGUCAAUGUCAAAAAUGCCAGAAAACAAAAACGAAAAGCCUCCUUUCUCACAACGCUCAGGUUCUCCCAACAUGUCCGUCCUGGACUGCUGUGCGCCUUCCCGUUAUGCACACAGUCUCCUCUCUCUGUAAACACUGUUCACGUUACUACUGACGAUGAGCUAAGAGACGAGAGGGCGCGUACACUGCAUGAGCUGGCAGAGGAUGGGGCUGGAAUGGGUUCAGCCUCGGCCCAGACCUCGGAGGGCCAUCUGAGUUGAAGACUGCACAAAGGGCAGUGCGUUCUCUUGUUCGCGGCAGUUGUAUGGUCUCUAGUCUCCACGGACCCCAGACUGGCAGAGACUGAAGCACCUGCUCCUUGAGGAAGUGCAGGGGGUAGGUCCCCGUGAGCCUCUCGGGACAUUUCUAUAAACAAAUCGGUACCUAGCCUUGUCUCUCGUGUUCCAGACACCGUACUAUGCGCUGUGGGCUUAGAACACUGAACUUGUGGCCAGAGCCCUGUAACUCAUGCCUGGGAGAAGCGACUUCAUACACUUACUUUACGCGCCAGACACACCGCAGCCUUCUUGCCCUUAGGGACACUAGCCAGCACUUUAGCACCGAACUUGGGGGCCAUUUCGAACACUGAAAUCACCAACAGAGAGCACAAGAAUGCCAGAGUAGCACUAGACAGACCGUGAAACAGACCUGUGAUGAGCCAAACCCGAGGGCAGAGCACCGCUUUGUCCAAGCGUAGCUGGGCACCCGCAUGUUGGCGGAAUCAGAGUCUCUGUCCCUCCACCCACAUCCCGGAGUGGAGGGAAAGUACUCUGCGUUCUGCCUCAGGGAGGGUCACGAACACAUUUUAGCAGGCAGGCAAAUCUGCAGAAUAUCCAGGGACCACCUGUGUGACUCUUUUGAGAUUAACCAACUAGUUUUAAAAAGCACUCCAUCUAGUGGUGACUUUGAGAAUCACACACCGACUUAAGCUAAACUGGCGGAACUUGGCACAAAAUGGGAAAGAAAAAAAAAAUCACACUCAUUGGGGGUUUGGGUUUUAGGUGGACUCAGGAUGAAGUCACGUUAACAAAUUUUAUCUUUCACACAUACACAACAAUACUGAUCUCUGGGAAAGUCCCACGGGGUGAGAAGGGAAAGGUUUAAGAUCCUCUCUUUUUACUGGUCGUGGUCAGGACAGCUGACUACAAGGGGAACCUUCAAUGACAACGUGGCCACUGCCUUUCAGCGUUGUUGGCCAUCUAGAAACACGGUGCCGGGGCCUACAAAGAUACAAGAAAGGAUUCCGUUACUAAUCUGUGAUCAGCGAUAAGCCAGCAUUUAGGAACUGAACGUCACGCUCCUUCAGUAUUUCAGUCAUUAAAAGAGAAAAGGCAGUUCCACAUGAGCUGGUGUUCUAGAAGGAGGAUGAAAACAGAAUCGGCGUGGUCAGUCCAAGCACGUUCUCCGCAGUUCCGUUCAGCGGGGACCCUGCACGGCCCCCUGCAGCGGGCUCAGGGAAGGGUGACUGAAUCGGGACGGGCGCCCGGUACAAGGAGCACACGUUGACGGACGCUCAAGAGGACGACGCAUCCCCCUUCGCUGGAGGUGAAGUCAUUAAUAGCAGUGAGCUCCUGAGCGCGCCGUAAUCGUCCCGUGAGCCUGAGGAACACCAGACCUAAGACUUCGUGCGGACAAACUAGAGAGAGGCAUACCUCCCCACCCAAGUGCACGUCCUGGGUUUAAACCACAGAGUGCGCCGGCCCGGAAAUGCCGAUUCCCAUGAACUCGGGGAAGGUUCCCACAGCAAAGAACCAGUCUGUCUCAAAUAAAAAGUGUAUCUUUUGGCUUUUGA